ACCUACUUCCUUGCUACUUAUAUAUAGCGACGCCUCAACACUCAAUUGAUCCUGCUCGUCCUCCUCUCCAGGCUCUCUUGGCUUUCCUCCUGGCUCCUGUGACUUCGUCCUGCCUUUUGUCUUCUCUCGCAUCUCCGUCGAACCCCCGCUCCGCACCAUAGUGUAAAUAUGGAUAUCGUCCUCGAGGUGUUCGACACCUACAUCGGCGAUCGCAUCUAUGCCAGCCUUCUUCCGGCAUCUCUUUCAUCGUCCGUCUCCGUUCCCACGUUCAUCAAUGCCCCAAACAGCACCCUGUCCUUCUUCGGGGCGUCCACUCCGUAUGUCUAUGAACCUGCGACCAGCUUCUUCCAACUCGAGCCGUCGCGCUUUGCCUACAUGAGCGCAUGGCCCAGGAACAACAUCUACCGGCAGACCACUAGCUUCUUUUUCAUCACUUGGAUCUUCGGCUUGAUCGUCUACUUCAUCUGUGCCACUCUGUCGUACAUAUUCAUCUGGGACAAGACCACCGUCAAGCAUCCCAAAUACCUCAAGAACCAGAUACCACUGGAGAUCGCGCAGACCAUGCGUGCAAUGCCCGUCAUGUCCUUGUUGACCGUCCCUUUCUUUGUCGCCGAGGUUAGAGGCUACGCCAAACUCUACGACUCAUUCGAUGAAGAGCCUUUCCCGUACUAUAGCAUUCUGCAGUUCCCACUCUUUAUCGCUUUCACCGAUCUCUGCAUCUACUGGAUCCAUAGGGGCCUCCACAAUCCUCUUGUGUACAAGAAACUGCACAAGCCCCAUCACAAGUGGAUUAUGCCUAGCCCCUUUGCCUCCCACGCCUUUCACCCCGUUGACGGUUGGUCCCAGAGCCUUCCUUAUCACAUUUUCCCCUUCAUUUUCCCUCUUCAGAAGAUGGCAUAUGUCUUCCUCUUCGGCUUCAUCAACUUCUGGACCGUCAUGAUCCAUGACGGUGAGUAUGUCGCCAACAGUCCCGUCAUCAACGGCGCUGCUUGCCACACGAUGCACCAUCUGUACUUCAACUACAACUAUGGCCAGUUCACCACUUUGUGGGAUCGCCUAGGAGGUAGCUACCGGAAGCCCAACGAGGAACUUUUCCGUCGUGAGACCAAGAUGGGAAAAGAAGAGUGGGACAGACAGACUAAGGAAAUGGAGGAUAUCCUCAAGAGCGUCGAAGGUACUGAUGAUCGUACCUAUCUUGCUGAUGAACAGAACAAGAAGGAUCUGUGAUUCCAAUCCUAUCUGAAUGGAUACGUUUGGAAGACUGCAAUAUCGACUAGCUGGUCGAGUCUAGAAAAGGCAAGCCGAAAGUAGGAAAAGAUGCAAGAUUUUUGAGUCACGGGUAAGAGAGACAAAAAGAAAGAAAAGGGGAGAGAAGAAGAAAAAAAAGUCCAACAGGAGUGGAGAUCGAGCAAUCGUCUAUUUCGCUGAGAACGAACGGAACUAGCUAUCGAGGCAGGCUCUCACCUAGUCCCAUUAAUCCGUGUCUGAUAGUGAGGUGAACUCAUCAAGUUGCUCUAUGAACCGGUUCA